UCCCCUGCCGGACCUUGCCAAAGACAAAGCGCAUUUCUUUACUUCCUUUGGCCGGCCGGCGCGUCUCCAGGCUCCAGGCUGCAGCCAGCGUACUACUGCAAUUGCUCUGCAGCUCCCAUGGAGCUCGCUGUGAGAGCCUCGGCGGCUUCCUGUUCCUCCUCCCCGUCGCUCCAUCCCCCACGCGUCCCCUGCCGCCUUGGCCGCAGCCCAGGCCUGCCGCUGCCGGCUCACCGGGUCGCCGUCGCCGCUGCGGCCAUCGCCCUCGACCCGUUUCAGGAGAUCAAAACCAAGCUGAAUGACGCUUCAGAACUGAGGUGUUUGCAUGCCCUGUUUGCUAUGAACCGCUGGAUAAGGAAAGGGCCGCCAGGCAUGAAUUCCUGUACGUCUGAAAGUCCAUCAAUUUCGCUCAUCUCAUGCAAAUCUGUUGGCUGGGUUAGGAUUUAUGUUGUUUGGCUUCUACAUGUGUCCCAGGCGAGCGAUUUAUAGGUCAGGAUUUAAGUGUUCAAAUUGCAACAAGUCAUUCACCAGCAAAGAUAUCUUCUUGGAUCUCACUGUCACCUCAGGAAUGAAAGAAUACAGUGAACUCAAGCCUGCUAGAACUGAGCUGGUCAGGAGCCCGCUCGUCUCCUUUCUUUAUGAGAGGGAGUGGCGUCAGAACUUCAAUCGGAGUGGCUUCCCUGGCCGCGAUGAAGAGUUCCAAAUGGCUCAAGAUUAUUUCCAGUCAGUCGUUGAUGGUAUACUCAUUGAUGUCAGCUGCGGCAGUGGCUUGUUUUCAAGGAAGUUUGCAAGCUCCGGGGCAUACUCAGCUGUGAUUGCUUUGGACUUUUCUAAGUUUAUGCCCCGCCAAUGCUAUGACUACAUCAAACAAGAAGAAACCCCUAUGAACACGAACCCCGCUCUCGUAAGGGCCGAUAUUUCGAGGCUCCCUUUUGCUUCAUGUUCAAUUGAUGCCAUUCAUGCUGGAGGUGCUAUCCACUGCUGGCCAUCCCCUUCAAAUGCAAUUUAGCGGAGUCGUCAUCAGAUCAGCUUUCUGAGUUCAAAGUGAUUGGGGUUUUGAUAGUGUGGAGUAGUCACCAGAUGUGAUCACCUUUGCUGACAAGAUGGCGCAUGAUGAUCUGAAGAAUUUCACUUGGCAGUGGUGAGAAGUCUCUGUCGUUCUUGUUUUCAUGCUACAGGUCACAUCCUUCUUUUAAAACGAAAGGAACCAGCGCUGUUUUCAUUGAUGAAGGGAACAGAAGUUAGAAAAGCAAAUACUUAACGCCUUGGACUCCGGCAAGGCAAUGUUGCAUCAUUCCCCCAAGACCAAAGGAUUUAUAUCAAUCGUGUUUGUUUUAUAGCUCGCAAGAUCUCGAAUAUGUGUACCAAGUUGGACCCAAGUUUCUUCUCUGGUGUCUAAACUUGUGUCUGUUUGUUU